ACAAAAUGUCACGGCAGGUGCAACAAGUCGCGCGACAGCUUUGAGGAGGAGUUUCCCGAAACCGGGGCCGGUGAUUGGGGCUCGCGCAUGAACCGAGUCGUUACCCGGCUGGAGAAGUGUGCACCUGCCGUGUGGAGCUGCAGCCAUGGACCGAGUACUGAGAGCACACGCGUUAAAAUCGGACCCCGAAAACGUCUUCGACAUUCUGGAGGAGAGAAGGCGGGGCAGCGAUAUAGGAUACGCCCUCAGGACUUUUAGCGCUCAGCCGUAUUGCGGGGCCACGCCUCUGUCUGUGAGCGCCCUCAACAGGAUGGUGCAGGAGUCACCGUAUCUACGCUACGUUAUCUCUGAGAUAGCCGUGGAGUCGGGUGAGCCGUUCGAGUGUGUGAAGGAGGAGGCUGUGAGCAUCUUAGAGGAGAUGAGUCAGAACCUGCAGCUGAGCUUCAUCCGCCUCAUGGGUUUCGCUCUCACUAAGAUCUUCAAGAGGCUCUUCAGCGCCAUACGGGUGAACGAGGCCGGACUCGCCCGGCUCCAACGGGCCAUUCAGGAGCAUCCUGUCAUUCUGAUGCCUAAUCACAGGAGCUACGUCGACUUCCUGAUUAUUUCCUACAUCAUGUUCACCUACGAUCUUUCCGUCCCCGUCAUCGCUGCUGGAAUUCCGCUGAUGGGAAUGUCUCUGAUUGGUGAGAUCUUGCGCCGGUCCGGAGCGUUCUUUAUUCGCCGUGCCAUUGGCUCGGAUAAGCUCUACUGGGCCGUGCUCUCAGAGUACGUCAGGACCAUAGUGCGGACGGGUUUUGCUCCUCUAGAGUUUUAUGUGGAAGGAUUGCGCAGCAGGACGCUGAAGUCUCUGAAUCCCAAACUGGGGAUGAUGCAGAUGGUCUUGGAGCCGUUUUUUAAAGGCGAGGUGUACGACAUCACCCUGGUUCCGAUCAGCAUCAGCUACGAUCGCGUCCUGGAAGAAUCUCUGCUUGCUCACGAGCUGCUCGGCGUUCCCAAACCCCGAGAGACCACCCGGGGUUUGCUUAAGGCUCGGCGGGUUCUGGAGGAAAACUACGGCUGCAUGCAUGUGUCGUUCGGGAACCCGGUGUCUGUGAGAGAGCUGGCUAAGGGGAGGAUCCCCCGCGGUCAGUACAACCUGAUACCCAGGGAUCUGCCGCUGAAGCCCGGUGCUGAGCUGCAGAAGUUUGUGGGUGAUGUCGCUCACUUAUUGGUGCUGUUACAGGAGCGAGGUUUGGUUCUCAACCCGUGGAGUCUCAUGGCGCUGAUCCUCCUGCAGAACCCCGAUGGUGUGGACUGGAACACGUUUACUCAUAAAACCCUGCGCCUGAGGACACUCGCUGCUCAACUCGGAGCCCAAAUCGACUGGCCUGCACAGCUUCCUGACUCGGAGGUGAUGUCGUCCAGCAUGGCCCUGCAGUCCGUGGCACGCGUUGAGAAAGGGUAUGUCCGUCUGGUCGAGGAGGCGGGGCCAGGGCCCGUCACUCAAGAGGAGUUCGCGUUCAGACGAGCCUCUGCGGCACUCAUGUGCGCCUCCUACAGGAACCAAGCACUCCAUGUGUUCACCCGACCGGCACUGGUCGCUGUCGCCAUGACGGCGGCUCCAAGUUGCAGCAAAGAGGACGUCUUUAGCCGCUUCUGUUUCCUGCAAGACCUUUUGGCAAACGAGUUCGUCUUCAUGCCUGGCCACGCAGCGCAGGAUUUUGAGGAGGGCUGCUCCGGCCUGCUGCGAUGUGGAGCUCUGAGCAUCGACGAUCACGGCCUGCGAGCGAUGGACGAAGAGCAGGACACCGCCGUCUUCCUCGGCGCCGUUCUCGAGCCGUUUAUUGAAACGUACCAGGUGGUGCUUCGAGUUCUGUGUGAGGAAACGUUCCGGACGUUUACGGAGAAGAGGUUCGUGCCUGACGUCCGCGCUGCCGUCAUGAAGCUCUUCCUCUCAGGUGAGGUGCGGUCGUACGAGUGUCUGUCCUCCGACACGCAGAAGAACGCCCUCGCGGCUUUGGUUAGGAUGGGAGCCGUGUCUAAAUCCAGGGCGGCUGAACAGGUCGAGUACAGGGUGAACCAAAGUGCAGUGAUGAGAAUAAGGAGCACGCUGGAUGGCAGUGUCGCGUCCAAGUUGCCGCUGUACUCGAGACUGUGACACGGCCCUCCGUUUCUGCUCUUUUUAAAAAAAAAUUUUUUAUAGUCUGUAAUAAAUAACGAGUUAAAGUAGGACCUUCCACAGCCUCGGCGAUGCUUAUGACAAAAUAAUACGAACGAACCCAGGAUCAAGAUCAUUCCCACAAAAAAUUCCCAGGAUUCCCUGCUCUAACGUGUAAAAGGAAUUUGGCAGCUGACGUUUGCACUAAAUACAUUUCACAAUAACACAAGAGGUCAUUUGUAGUGAAUUUUCAGUGACUGUAGAUGCAUUAAUUACACCUGUCUGUAAUUGUAGAUAUUUUGAUUUGUAGAUAGUAAUUUAUCAUUUUAAAAAAAUGAUUUAAAAAACAGACUAUUAUAAUAAGUGUUUCAAUGCAAUGUGAAAUAGCACAAUGUAAAAUAUUGUAUAAUACAUUAGGAAUAAUAAUAAUAAUAAUAAUAAUAAUAGUAGUUUCUAAUUAAUAUACGUGAUUCCACGUCCUGCCUUUUUCUGUGAUCUUUAUUCACGCUGUUCUCGCUCUCAGAAGUCAUUUGACUUCUCUUGUACUGUAUAUAAAUAAAGCUUUAUUGGCUAAAUAAAAUGUUUUUACACUUUCACACCCUCUUCAGAUGUGAAAAUUGAUCUGUUAAAAAUAAAGAACUUUUUUUUUUUUUUGAAAAUAGCAUUUUUAUUUUAGUGUUAUUUUAAUGUAUGAAAUGCACGCUGACACAUAAAUGGUAUUCAAAGUGUUUAUCCUCGUUAUUUUCACGUGUAACAGUACUUUUAAGAAGUGUUUUAUUCCUAAUUUUUUUAUAUGAAGGACAGCAUACUUUUUAUCCAUUUAUGGUUUCAUUGUAAGGGCUCCUACUACUGAAGCAAGAAUGUUCCUUGAUUUGAUGUAAUAUGUUAGGUCAGCCCCGCCCACUCAAUAUAUCGCAAUUUAGCCACACCCAUCCGCAUUAGAACCGUUUAGCUCCGCCAAUUAUCUUAAUAGCACGUUAGCCCCGCCCCCACUUUCAUGUUGGAGGCUAGAAGCAGUUGUUUGUUACCGUGUCGCAGCAAACAGUAAACUUUUGUGCUGUUCGGCUACUGAAGGACGCGACAACUUCAAACGCAGCAGAAGCACAGCUGUGGAUGGAGAGCACACGAAGAGAAAGAAAUCGAGAGAGAGAGAGAGAGCAGGAUGGAGAAGGAAGAGAGACCGAUGCAUCUGACAGACUAAAUAUGAAUGACAGAAGGUAGGACAUGGCUGUAGUCAAUAAAUAUUGAGGCAACAACAAUUGAUUUUAUAUAUAUAUAUAUAUAUAUAUAUAUAUAUAUAUAUAUAUAUAUAUAUAUAUAUAUAUAUAUAUAUAUAAAAUAAGGAAAGAAAAAAACAACGUAACAUUACAGUCGGAUCCAACAAAAGCCAGACUACAUGGAGCAAGGAAUGUUGGGUAAUGUAGAUUUUGCUGCCAAGGAAAAAGCGAGUUACGUAUCAGUGCACAGAACCUUCAGGAUGGAGCGAGUGUCCAGUAUAACAGAAUGACUUCCUCAUCGAGACGCUCAUACUACAGUGAUGUCUAGGCUAAAACACGUGAAAUUUCUCCAUUUUAUUCUUUUUUUUUUCUUUUUUUUUUUCUACUUUUACAUAGUCAUCAAGUACAAAGUUAAAAUGCAUUUGUUAAUAUAUUCAUAAAAGAGUAAAAUAAUAGUGAUUUUUUUUUUUUUUUCCUUUUUUUUUUCUUCUUAAAUCCAUUACUACGACAACAUAAAAACAGUCAUUGUCAAGACCGGUCACUCCUAAAUUCCCAACAAUAUAUUUCACUUAUUUACUUAUUUAUUUAUUUAUUAAUUUUUUUCUUUAAUCAUUUAAGAAUAAAUUGUAUAGCACCUUUUUAUUAUUAUUAUUAUUAUUAUCAUUUAUUUUAAUUUUUUUUUGAAACGCUUUCACUCACGCGCUCUUUAAAGAUUUGAAUCCUAAAAUAACCUCGUAAAGGAUCUCCUCCUUUAAAGCUGUCAACUGGUUAUCGGUUGGCUCUCAAAUUCGUCCUCUCGAUUGAGACGAUUCAUAAAUACGUAAAGAAACAGGAAAAGAAAAUUCGUCGAGACGUGAUGGCGGAUUGACACGCCCCCUUCUUACGCAUCAUCGUCAUCAUCAUCAUCAUCAUCACCACCGCCGCCUUUCAGCUUAUUAUUAUCAAGCUCCGCCUUUUGGCCAGUCUCCUAAUCACAACAGCUACGCUAACACGGCCUAGGAUCACACUCAGAUUAGCCUAUACGGAUUUGAGAAACACACCCGGAGCACAAAACAUGAUCGAAUGCUAACAAAAGGCAAACAUAUCUAUGUACAGUUAGUUGGUUUACCGCUGAACUCGGCUGAAUGGAGUCCCGUCUCGG